AUGAACUCUUCGAAUCGCCGCCAGUCUUCUUGGCGGCCCGGGUCAGGAACAGUGCCCGGAUCAGCAGGAAGAGACUCUGUGGUGGCUUCUACUCCAUAUACUCCAAACGACCGAAUAGGCCCCAAUUUCUACGGAAUCCAGCAUAGCAAUAAUAGCCUUCAACAACAACAACAGCAACAACAACAGCAGCAGCAGCAUCACAACCAGCACUUGAUGGCCGGCCAAAGUCCCAGUUCCUCGACUCUUGCUAUUAGUCCAGUGGCUCCCCAUUUUUUAAAUUCUGGAGGUAAAGAUCCGCAAUCACCUGGAUUGGGAGCUCCAUUCAAUGCUCAUACAUCACAUAGCGUGCAUAGUAGCGUGCACAAGCCUCUUUCAGCAUAUGAUACACCACGAACCAAGCCUGGCGCACCAACUACAUCUCUUAAUUCGUUACUGCAUCAACCAUUGUCUCAAGUUGAAAGACUGAGACUUUGGAGACACGAUGCAAUCAUGCAGCAUCACUAUCAAACAGCAGAGUACAUUGGCGAUAAGAUUCUUGCUUUGACUAAUGACCCGAACGACGCCUUUUGGCUGGCCCAGGUGUUUUAUCUAAGUGGACAGUAUACCCGUGCGAGACAAUUAUUGAUACGUCAAGAGCUUGACCGUAGUGUUUCAUGCAGAUACCUGGCAGCGCUAUGUUUGACAAAAAUGGGCAAAUGGGAUGAAGCACUUGCAGUAUUGGGAGAAAAGAACCCAUUUGGUGAUUCAGUUAUUCCUGGGAAUAGAGUCAAAAACCAAGAUGGUGGAAUCAAACUUGAGGCUUCCAUGUGUUUUUUGCGUGGUCAGAUUUAUACCAAUCAAAAUAAUUUUGAUCAAGCAAAAGAGUGUUAUAAGGAAGCCGUACUUGUGGAUGCAAAAUGCUUUGAAGCGUUUGAUCAAUUGAUUCGUGGAUGUCUAUUGACACCCAAAGAAGAAUGGGAUUUACUAGCAUCAAUGGAUUUUGACGAAAGUUGUGCCGGAGAUUCCAAUGCAGCCGAUUUGAUUAAGGCGCUUUACACAACUCGGCUGGGUAAAUUUGCCAACCUUGGAGUGUAUCGUUCUGCGGAUAAACUUUUAACUUCAGAGUAUGAUCUUGGAGAUAACCCAGACGUGCUUUUAAGCCGAGCAGAUUUAUUAUUUGUUCAAUGCAAGUUUAAAAAGUGUCUUGAAGUUUGUGAACACAUUUUAGAGCGUGACAAGUUUCGGUUUUCAGCCAUCCCCAACUACUUGGCAUGUUUGCACGAACUUGGCAAACGUAACAAGUUAUUUCUCAUUUCUCACGAACUUGUCGACAAUCAUCCCGACGAGGCUGUUUCGUGGCUGGCGGUUGGAGUUUAUUACCUGACUAUUGGCAAGAUAUUAGAAGCCAGACGGUAUUUUAGCAAGUCGUCUAUGAUGAGUCCAUUUUUCGGACAAGCUUGGAUUGGCUUUGCGCAUACGUUUGCAGUGGAGGGUGAGCACGAGCAAGCCAUUUCUGCAUAUACGACAGCAGCGCGAUUAUUCCAAGGAACACAUUUGCCUUCGUUAUUUUUGGGAAUGCAACAUUUACAACUCAACAAUUUGACACUUGCAGAGGAAUACUUGGAAGUUGCUGCAUCAAUCUGCAGUACAGAUCCACUGUUACUAAAUGAGCGCGGCGUUGUGCACUACCAUAAGAAUGAGCUUGCAACAGCGGAGGCGUAUUUUAUUAAGGCUCAACGCGCGGCCGAACUGCUGGAAAGUGAUCCGCGCGGGUGGUUGUCCAUUAAGGCAAAUCUUGGGCAUGUGUACCGGCGCAUGGGCGACUAUUUCCAAGCGCUUGAGUACUUUGAAGAGGUAUUACGGAUUACACCGCAGGAUUCCAACAUUUACUCAGCCAUGGGGCUUGCGAAUUUGCAGGCCGGGAAUAUUGUACAAGCAAUUGAAAAUUUCCAUUCAGCACUGGCAAUUACACCAAGUGACUCUGUUGCGACCGACCUGCUGCGCCGGGCUCUUGAAGAUUCAUCUUCGCUGGCUGUAUGGGAUAUGCUGAUAGGAGAAGCUGAAAGCGGCGAGCGCACAAGAACUGAGGAAGAAGUGGAGGAGGAGGAACAGGAGAAUGAAGUAGAUAAUUUUGCAGAUAUUCUCGGGUCGUCUGCGCCAUUGAUAUCCCGUCACAAGGACCCGGAUCCUGAAGAGUCUAUGGAAAUGUCCGAUUAG